CGGGCGGGUGCCGCUGCCCCCCGCGCUGCAGGAGGGCGGGGAGGAGGCGGCGGCGGCUCGGCAAUGGGAGCGGAGCACAGCGCGGAGGCCGAGAGCCGCGCGGGCGAGCCCAGCACCUCAGCAUCUCCAUCACCAGCCAAGCAGCGAGCAAAAAUGGAUGACAUUGUGGUGGUAGCCCCAGGGACACAGUCCUCCCGGAAUGUCAGCAAUGAUCCUGAUGUCAUAAAACUGCAGGAAAUUCCAACUUUCCAGCCCCUUUUGAAAGGACUUCUCAGUGGGCAGACCUCUCCGACCAACACCAAACUGGAAAAGCUGGACCCCCAGCAGGUGCUGCAGCUGUGUCUCCGGUACCAGGAUCAUCUUCACCAGUGUGCAGAAGCUGUCGCCUUUGAUCAGAAUGCACUUGUGAAGCGGAUCAAAGAGAUGGACUGCUCCGUGGAAACCCUUUAUGGCCUCAUGCAGGAGCGCCAGAAGAAGUAUGCCAAGUAUGCAGAGCAGAUCCAGAAGGUCAAUGAAAUGUCUGCCAUCCUCCGCCGUAUACAGAUGGGCAUCGACCAGACGAUCCCGCUGAUGGAGCGGCUGAACAGCAUGCUACCGGAGAGUGAGAGGCUGGAGCCCUUCAGCAUGAAACUGGAGCGGGAGCUGAAGUCUUAGCUGAUCCGUCAGGCUCCCGUUGUCCUCCUCACCUUCCAGGCUCCAGUGUUCAGCACAGACACACUUCAGCGGGCUGGAUGGCAGAUGUUUGGGGCUCACGGCACUGCUGCCGGACUCUCUGCCAGGGCAUUGGAGGAAGAGCAGCGCCAGCUGCCAGAACUGCACAGCCAGGAAUGCAGGAGCCCCCCCGGCCCUGUCGUCUGGAGGAGAUGAUUUACCAUCCCUUCAUCUCUCUCCUCUCGCCCUCCUGUCUCCUCCACUGCUGCCACCCGGUUCCACUGCUGUGACGAGAUAGGGGUUUACAGAUGAGGAGUUUUCUUUCACCUGAUUUUUUUUUUUACUAGGAAAAUUCAAAGGGACACGGGGUGUGACAAACACUCUGACAUGGGUUUUGUCCACUGGGGUUUAGACCAUUAGAUGGCUGGCAGGUAUUUUUGGUAUCCCCUGGCCUAGGAAAUGUGUGUGUGUGUGUUAUAGGUGAAAGUACAGGAGCUAGGGACUGGCUUAUUAAAAUAUGCCUAUUAUCAUAAUUAACAUGGCUUGCACAGCAGGGGUUUGGCAUGUCCUCCUCAAGGCUCCUGUUUUUUUGGACUCAUUAAUUUAUGAGGCUGUAAAGGAACAACUGUUACAGAUAUGUAUGUCUGUUAAUGUUAAGCAAGCUUUAGUUUUCCUCUCCCCCUUGCCCUAGUAAUGUCCCUGUGCCCCAGCUGCUGGCAUUUUGUGUUCUUCACCUUGCACAGUGGUUCUGACAGGCACUGGCACUCACCAGAUGAGCACAUUUUGCAUCCAAAGUUAGACACGAGGUGUCUCUCUUUAUUGGGACACGAGAGUUGUCUUGGUGCUGUCUUUUCUACCAGAGGGAUGCAGUUGUUUACCUUCAAGUGUAUGGAGUUGGAAGGAGGAGACACAAAAGAAGGCCUUUUGGCCCUUGCUUUGGCUUAGCUGCUGUUGCACUGAGAGCUUGCCCAGGCGUGGUGUUUAAUGACUGAAACCACCUUGCUCUUUGGGACUGCGCUCAGCAAACUGCUCCAAAGGCAACAGGGCGUUCUUCCCUUCUCCCAGGAUGAGGGCCCUGAAGGAAGGCAGGCAGAGUGUCCAUGCCCCCUGGGUGCUGGGCUGGCCUGUAGGAGACAGGAUGGUUGCCAAGCUUGCCACUGGUGUACUGGCUGCAGGUGAUUUGCAGCACCUCUCUGAGCUUUGGAGGGUAAAAAUACUUGCUGUAAAAUACUGCUGUAAAAAUACUUGCAGCUCUAGAACUGGGGUUUAUCAGCCUGUUUCACCAUUGCGUGGCAGCUCUUGUCUGCAGCAGAAAGAGCAUGUAACCAGAAGGGUGGACCACUUGGUUUGCUGGGUCAGGGAUAGGUUUGUGUGUGUUAGUGUUAGUCCUGGAAUGCUGUUGCUGGUGAGAGGCAAAAGCAUGCCCAAGAACCCCAUGUAUGGUUUGGGCGUAUGUCAGGAGCACAGUUCCAGUGGUGAGGGCAGCCCUAUUUGGGAGUCAGUGACAGUCCAUCUUCUAGGACAACACAAGACCAGGUGAUUGCCAAAGGCAACUUGCUUCAGUACCUCUUAGUACUUAAGAGUACUUAGCAGCAAAAGAUUGUCUCUAGGCAAUUUGGAGUAAGAGCAUAGUAAGUUUUUGAUGGUAUUAAUUAUUACCUGGUGGCAGGAAGCAACAGGCUGUUCUUUAGUUGCAUUCCCAAAGUCCAUGUAGCCUGGAGUGGUUUUCUGGGAUACAGAUUGCAGGCAACUGAGGUACAUAUCUGAACCAUAGCAGUAAUUGAACCUCAGGACAUGCUGCGCACUGUCUGAAAGCAGAGUCUUGUAGAAAUGAAUCCCUCUGGAAUGAUGCCCUGGGAAGAGUGACUGACUGUGUCAGAGAGAGUAAGGAACUUGGCUGGAGAUUUUCUAGUAAAGGCAGCAGAGUGGGCCUUCUUGUCUGCUGCCUCCACCCUGGAGUUGUUACACAGGCGUGUAUACAUAGACAUAUGCUGUAUGUUGUACAGGAUAGAACGUGGGAUCCUUGCUCAGGCGUCCUGCAGUAUUUCACACUCGAUUUGUUAAAGGCUCACGUGAGACUUAACAACCCAAGAAAACCUGCUCGUCGUGGCCAUGCCCAUACAGGUCCUCAUUGUCCAUCAUGGAGCAGCCUCUGCCUCCCGCCAUCAGACACACCAGAAUAUUCAGCAGCUUUAAAUAGCAGCUGCAGGCGGUUUUGUCCUCCUCAUCCAGAUGAUGCCGUCUGGAAGUUUAGAAUGCACGACAUUCACCCGUCUGCCAGACGGGAUCAUGGAUAUCCCACACCCUGGUGUGCUAGAAGCCUAUACUGGUGGGAAGAUCCCGAUAUUGGAUCUCCAGGCAGGGGUUAGGCUGCAGUGCUCUCUCCUGUAAAGCUUCUACACAUUUGGCCUCAUGCUAUUAAGUAUCAGAUCAAAGCACUGUGGUGCUAAUGAGGGCAAGUGAAUUGUAUUCCUGUCUGAAGACUGCAGGCACGAAGGCAGCAAGUCAGCUCCUUCCUCAUUUGCUAUAGAACACCCAGGCAGUGGGCUGAUAAUGGGAGAAAGCACUUCUUCCUAUGAACACUGGCCUGCAAGCUUGUGGCUAUGCUACUUGGCCGCCCAGCUAAAGCUUUCUGCACAGCAAGGGUAGGUUGUGAACAACAUGAUAGAUUAACUAGAAAGAAAUUAACUAGAGCUGAAAUGUGAAGGCCAAUCUCUUCCAAAGCACAGAGGUCAUCACCUUCAUUCCACAGGUGAUAGUCUCUUGUAUUGGGUACUGUAAGAGAGCGUGCACCCUCUAAUUGUUCUCAAAACAUGGUUUACAGAUUUAUUUAAAACAUUGUCUGUGGCUUCAUUAACUGUAAGUCUUUGGCCCUCUCACUGAGGGGAAGACAUUUCCUGCCAUGUCCUUUUGAGCUGCUGUUUGUUGCUUGGCUGCUCCUUGUUUGCUUUGCUCUGCACGCUGCUUUCAGAUUCAUCUCAGAGGCAGGCAAUGCUCAAGGUGAAGUUGUUGCUUUGCUCCCUUUUUUGCUGUUUAGCAGAUUUGAGCUGUGACUGGAAUUACCUUUCUGCUUAUGAAUUUCCUUUUCUAAGCCAAAUGCUCUUGGAGAAGGCCUCAGGUUAUCUCUCAAUGUACUAGCUGUUAUUUCUCCCAUGAAGUUAGUGCUAUAAACAGAAUAAUCUGGUGUGCUCCACUGAAAACAAACAUUCUCUGCCCGGUUCUACUUUUGGAGGUGGUGUGUGGUACAGGUACGGGCUAAGCUUCUUGGUAUGCAACCUUCUGAGAAGCUGGAGAACAGGGCGAGUCUCUGGGUCUGUUGUUCCCUGCUGGCCUGAUCUGCUUUGAUUCCUCCCCUGACUCUGCUGUUGUGACCCCUGCUUUGUGCUGCCACUGGUGCUGCUUGUGUCCUACACUGGUGAGUGUGCUACAGGCGCAGGUUUGUUGUUUUUGUUCCAUUGUUUUUGUAAUUUAAUGCAUUGACAGGGUGCUAACGUGCCAACUACCUGCAGGGCAAUUUCUGUGAAGAUCUGCUGAAGGGGACAGAAAAUAAUGUUGUGGGUUUUUUUUAAUAUAUGUAUUUAAAAUUAAAUAUAUUUAAAUAUAUUUAAAUAGUUAAAGUGUAUUUUCACCUCCUCUAAGCUUUUACACAGAAAGAGUAGAAAGACAUAUUUUCACAGGCCCAGUCACUGCAUGAGCCACUCCUCUCUCAGACUGUGUGCCACUGGUUUCCUGAGGUACUAUGGUGAUAUGUCUCCCAUUCCCAAGCUGCCAGGAUAUAUUUCGAUCUCCAGCCUUCUGGCUGAGCAGUCCUUGGUUGAUGGGUGGCUAUCCUGUGUGCAGACUUGCUCUGCUUCCAGCUUCCUACGUGCUGCAUGUUCUCCAGCUCCAGCAUUAAAACGUUUGGGAUUGCUCUUUU